UGACGUAACGUCAUCUUGCGGGACGUGGACGGAAGAAAAAGGCGAGCAAGCCGGCGCUAGAAUCAGCCGGCGUGGAGUGUGGGCAAGGCGGCUGCACCGAGCAGUGGCUGGACCGGGCGGCGGCGGUGAAGCAGAUACUUUGCUCAGUCACCGCAUCGCAGCAUGUUGAGUCAAGUCUACCGCUCUGGGUUCCAGCCCUUCGGCCAGCGUCUCCUGCCUUGGGUCCAAUCUCCAGGUCUCUCCAGAUCACAUCGUGUGCAGCCUUCUGCCAUUAGACAUGUUCGUUCUUGGAGCAACAUCCCCUUUAUCACUGUACCCCUCAGUCGUACACACGGCAAGUCUUUCGCGCACCGCAGUGAGCUGAAGCACGCCAAGAGGAUCGUGGUGAAACUUGGAAGUGCUGUGGUGACCCGAGGGGACGAAUGUGGCCUGGCACUGGGGCGCCUGGCAUCCAUUGUCGAGCAGGUGUCAGUGCUGCAGAAUCAAGGCCGAGAGAUGAUGCUGGUGACCAGUGGAGCUGUGGCCUUUGGGAAGCAACGCUUGCGCCAUGAGAUCCUUCUGUCUCAGAGCGUGCGGCAGGCCCUGCACUCGGGGCAGAACCAGCUGAAAGAGAUGGCAAUACCGGUCUUAGAAGCCCGAGCCUGCGCAGCUGCUGGACAGAGUGGCCUGAUGGCCUUGUAUGAAGCCAUGUUUACCCAGUACAGCAUCUGUGCUGCCCAGAUUUUGGUGACCAAUUUGGAUUUCCACGAUGAGCAGAAGCGCCGGAACCUUAAUGGGACACUUCAUGAGCUCCUGCGGAUGAACAUCGUCCCCAUUGUCAACACAAAUGAUGCUGUUGUCCCCCCAGCUGAGCCCAAUAGUGAUCUCCAGGGGGUAAAUGUUAUUAGUGUUAAAGAUAAUGAUAGCCUGGCUGCCCGUCUGGCCGUGGAGAUGAAAACUGACCUCUUGAUUGUUCUUUCAGAUGUCGAAGGCCUGUUUGACAGCCCCCCAGGAUCAGAUGAUGCAAAGCUCAUUGAUAUAUUUUAUCCUGGAGAUCAGCAGUCUGUGACGUUCGGAACCAAGUCGAGAGUAGGGAUGGGUGGCAUGGAAGCCAAGGUGAAAGCAGCCCUCUGGGCUUUGCAAGGUGGCACUUCUGUGGUUAUUGCCAACGGAACCCACCCAAAGGUGUCUGGGCACGUCAUCACAGACAUCGUGGAGGGGAAGAAAGUUGGCACCUUCUUUUCCGAAGUAAAGCCUGCAGGCCCUACUGUUGAGCAGCAGGGAGAAAUGGCUCGAUCAGGAGGGCGGAUGUUGGCCACUUUGGAACCUGAGCAGAGAGCAGAAAUUAUCCAUCAUCUGGCUGAUCUGUUGACAGACCAGCGUGACGAGAUCCUGUUAGCCAACAAAAAAGACUUGGAGGAGGCAGAAGGCAGACUUGCAGCCCCUCUGCUGAAACGGUUGAGCCUCUCCACGUCCAAGUUGAACAGCCUGGCCAUCGGUCUGCGGCAGAUUGCGGCCUCCUCACAGGACAGCGUGGGACGUGUUUUGCGCCGGACCCGAAUUGCCAAAAACUUGGAACUAGAACAAGUGACUGUCCCAAUUGGAGUUCUCCUGGUCAUCUUUGAAUCUCGCCCUGACUGUCUACCCCAGGUGGCAGCCUUGGCUAUUGCAAGUGGUAAUGGCUUGUUACUCAAAGGAGGGAAGGAGGCCACCCACAGCAACCGGAUUCUCCACCUCCUAACCCAGGAGGCCCUCUCGAUCCAUGGAGUGAAGGAGGCCGUACAACUAGUGAAUACCAGAGAAGAAGUGGAAGAUCUUUGCCGCCUAGACAAAAUGAUAGAUCUUAUUAUUCCACGUGGCUCUUCCCAGCUGGUCAGAGACAUCCAGAAAGCUGCUAAGGGCAUUCCAGUGAUGGGGCACAGUGAAGGGAUCUGUCACAUGUAUGUGGACUCAGAGGCCAGUGUGGAUAAAGUCACUAGACUAGUCAGAGACUCGAAAUGUGAGUAUCCAGCUGCCUGUAAUGCUUUAGAGACUCUGUUGAUCCAUCGAGAUCUGCUGAGAACACCAUUGUUUGACCAGAUCAUUGAUAUGCUGAGAGUGGAACAGGUGAAGAUUCACGCAGGCCCCAAGUUCGCCUCCUAUUUGACCUUCAGCCCCUCCGAAGUGAAGUCCCUCCGAACUGAGUAUGGGGACCUGGAAUUGUGCAUUGAAGUGGUGGACAACGUCCAGGAGGCCAUCGACCACAUCCACAAGUACGGCAGCUCCCACACAGAUGUCAUCGUCACAGAGAAUGAGAAAACAGCAGAGUUCUUCCUCCAGCACGUGGAUAGCGCCUGCGUGUUCUGGAACGCCAGCACUCGCUUCUCUGAUGGCUACCGCUUCGGACUAGGAGCUGAAGUGGGCAUCAGUACAUCACGAAUCCACGCCCGGGGACCAGUAGGACUGGAGGGACUCCUUACCACCAAGUGGCUGCUGCGAGGGCAAGACCACGUGGUCUCAGAUUUCUCAGAGCAUGGAAGUUUAAAAUAUCUUCACGAGACCCUCCCUGUUCCUCAGAGAAACACCAACUGAAAGCGUUCAGAGAAGAGCCGGAGUGUACCGAGAGGUCUUCACAGUUCACCUUGUCUUAGGAAUCUCAGGGGAUGAGCCAGGUCUUGUCUCCCACUUGCUGGAAGGGUCUGCCUGUUGGGAAGCUCACCUAGAUGCUUCUGGGCUCAGUUUGGUAACAUCAGUCUCAGCUAAUGCGUGUUCCAGGUCACUCUUCUCUCUCUCUUUUUUUUAAGCUAGAAAAUAAUUGCUAUGGAUAGGGACUUUGCUUAAUUGCUGCAGCUUUGGACUUUGCUUCACCCAGUCCAGUUCCUUGCAGUGACAGAAACAGAAAGAUGCAGUUCGCCCACAUAAAAGGCAAUGGAAAAAUUGUGGCUGCUUUUUACCUUUUAUCGCCUCAAUGAGGUAAAGUCUCCCUUGGCAUUUGGUUGGUACUGGAGCCACUCAUACCUAAUAAGUCCUUCUGCUUUUCAUUUCUUUCACACUCAUAGUCAUCCUCGAAAAGGAGAGAUGUGAGAUUGUAGAAAAAAGGGGCAGCUCUUCUUUCUGGCAUUCUUAUUUGAAACAAUCACAAAAAUGAACUGAAUCAUUUUCACUGGGAAGAUUGACCUUUUGUAUUUAUUUGCUGAGUAAAUGUAAAUAAGCAUUCCAGAUGCUUGCAGCGUCCCCAGAUGCAGGAGAGUCGGCAUUACCCUUGCUGCAGCUGCAACCUGGAGCUGCAGGCAGGAGGUGUGAGUCUCAGGAUGAAGUAUGUGCUGCAGCAAUUACGCUUGAGACUUUUAUAUAAAUUAUUUUGUCAUCCUAUCCUUUCUCUCCAAAACGAAAAUUAGAGGAUUAUUUUAGUACUUUGGAUUCUUCCCCCCUUUUUGAGAAAUAAAGUUCUUAUGAAAAGCC